UCAUAUAGUGUCAAGUGGACAUAUUUUAGCAAAAUGAUCCAAAGUUUGAGGCUGGAUUUUUUGUUUGUUUGUUUGUUUUACAGCUUCGUUUAGAAAGUUUUGAGUCAGAUUUAUCUGGGGAACAUUUUUUGGUUUUCUGAGCAGCAGCCAUGAUUUUCGCUCUCCGUGGUGCUGAAAGUCUUGUGUCCUCUGCAGAGCGUUUUUCUUUAUCUCUUCACGAGGAAUGCAACAAUAUUCUUUCGUUUAAAAACAAACAAACAAACAAACAAACAAACAAACAAACAAGCAAACACUGCUAUGCUUCAGUCAGCAUCAACUAAAACAACAACUAUGUAUGAAUGUCAGCUGCAACAUCGGCACAGCCAAUCAGGACGUUUUAUUCCUUCUGACCAGCUUUCUCCGAGCACAGAUCUAAAUCCGAGCUGUCAGACUUCCGAGACUUUUGCGAUGAUCUGUGUGUGCUUGCAGUCUGCAGUGCUGGCACACAGGCGCUCCUGUUUUUGUGCUGUGUGGAGAACUUCUGGCGGCGUCCUUUAGUGGAGCCGGUCUGCAUUGCGUCGAAACCCUCCAACUCCUCCCCUCCUUCCUCCUUCCCUCCCCCCCACCCCCUCACCCCCUUGCUUCCUCUUGUACUUGCAUGUUAAAUGAUCAAGCCAAACAUGCUUGACAUUGCUGAGAAACCGUGCGGACGUCGAUGCCGCGCUCGUCUGUUUCUCAGCUCUCAUUUUUAAUUGUGUGUGUGUUUUUUAUUCCUUUCUUUAAAAAAAAAAAAAAAAAUCGUGUUCACCGUCCUGCGCCGGAGCACAUCCUGCCCGUCAUCUCGUCUUGUGGCAGAUUUCUGCUGAUGCAGGGAUGUCUGGGAAUGCCAAGAGCUCGCUUAUUGCCCCUUAAUGCAUCUCUCUCCGAACUGCAGCGCAACAUCUCCUCCUGCGGUUUGCUCAUAUGCUGUUUGCUCUGCUCACCACCGUGCCGCUGCCAAAGCAACCUUGGAGCUUUGCAGCAUAGCAGUUCCCCUCUUUUCGCUCUUUUAUUUUUUUAUUUUUAUUUUUUUUACAUUUUUUCCACCGCCUCUGGUCUUUAAAUUACACAUCUUUCCUCUUCGACUCGUCUUAUUUUAAGAGUGCAGCUUAGAUGACGCGCACUCCCGGGUGCAACUUAAAAGUUUCACACCUUAAAAGCGUCUUCUGCUGCUGCUGCUGCUGCUCUGCUGUUGGAUGAUUCUGCUCGAAGCUGUUCAGGACCUCUCAAGAUCACACCACGAAGCAGCAGCAGCGACUGCUUCACAUGCACUGGGGAGCUGCAAUGGUCAAGUCAGCGAGAGCCGCAGUGGAGCCGCACUGAGGCAAAGCAGCCAACCGCCCCCCCCACUCGCAACUGGGGACGCCUCCAACGAUCUGUGGGGUGUGGGAAGCUGAGGAGUGGAAAUAUUUCUCCCAACCGUGAAUGCCCGGCCAGUCAGACUAACCGACACCCCUCCACGAUUCCUGCUCCGUCUCUUGCUCCGCCGCGUCCUCCUCCACCUCUUUCCCCCCGAAAAUGACCGUUGUAGCGGGGGACAACAUGGACGAGACCUCAGCCGUCCCGGGACACCCUCAGGACACCUACCCCCCGGAUCACAAUGACCACGAGUGUUGCGAGAGGGUGGUCAUCAACAUAGCUGGCCUCCGGUUCGAGACGCAGCUGAAAACUCUGUCACAGUUCCCAGAGACUUUGCUUGGUAACCCCAAAAAGCGGAUGCGGUACUUUGAUCCCCUGAGAAACGAGUACUUCUUUGACAGGAACCGGCCCAGCUUCGAUGCAAUCUUGUACUACUACCAGUCAGGGGGCCGGCUAAGAAGGCCGGUAAACGUGCCCUUGGAUAUGUUCUCAGAAGAAAUUAAAUUUUAUGAGCUGGGAGUGGACGCGAUGGAGAGGUUUCGUGAGGAUGAGGGUUUCAUCCGAGAGGAAGAGCGUCCGCUGCCUGAGAAGGAGUUCCAGCGUCAGAUCUGGCUUCUUUUUGAGCAUCCAGAAAGCUCAGGCACCGCAAGAGGGAUCGCCAUUGUGUCUGUGAUGGUGAUCCUCAUUUCCAUUGUCAUAUUUUGUUUGGAGACUCUACCACAGCUAAAAGAAGACCCGAUGGGUCGAAUCGAGACAUUCGGGAACAUUACAAUACGCUACAAACCAAAUAUUCUUACUGACCCCUUUUUUGUCAUUGAGACUCUCUGUAUCAUCUGGUUUUCAUUUGAGUUGAUAGUGCGCUUCAUGGCAUGCCCCAGCAAACCGGCCUUCUUCAAGAACAUGAUGAACACGAUUGACAUUGUGGCCAUUAUCCCUUAUUUCAUUACACUUGGCACUGAGUUGGCAGAAGACCCAGAAAACGAAGGGGUGGGGGAGCAAGCGACUUCUCUGGCCAUUCUCAGGGUGAUCCGUCUGGUCAGGGUGUUUCGGAUCUUCAAGCUGUCGAGACACUCCAAGGGACUUCAGAUCCUGGGGCAGACCCUUAAGGCCAGCAUGCGAGAGUUGGGAUUGCUGAUCUUCUUCCUGUUCAUUGGAGUCAUCCUAUUCUCCAGCGCCGUCUUCUUCGCCGAAGCCGAGGAGCCGGAUUCUCAAUUCAGCAGCAUCCCGGACGCCUUCUGGUGGGCCGUCGUGUCCAUGACAACUGUGGGUUACGGGGACAUGGUCCCAGUCACUAUCGGAGGCAAGAUUGUUGGAUCUCUGUGCGCGAUCGCUGGAGUCUUAACAAUUGCCCUCCCAGUGCCUGUCAUUGUAUCCAACUUCAACUACUUCUACCACAGAGAGACGGAGGGAGAGGAGCAGGCCCAGCUUCUCAAUGUCAGCAACCCCAACAUCCCGUCCGAAACCAACUCCAGCCGCCGUAGCUCCUCCACCGUCAGCAAGUCAGAGUACAUGGAGAUUGACGGAGACAUCAACAAUAGCAUCGACAACUUUAGGGAGGCGAACCUUAGAACUGGAAAUUGCACUAUCGCCACUCAGAACUGUGUGAACAAAAGCAAGCUGCUCACAGAUGUUUAGGCAUCAGCUAGGAACUCUCGGUCGUUCGUGUCACACGGGGAGUAGACCAUCUGAUAGGAAUGCUUCAUUUAGCUCCCAGAGCGCUCUACCGGCAUUAGGCCUACAACUAUCCUCAGCUGAAAAAAAAAGAAAAGAAAAGAAAAAGAAACACAGUUGUUACAGUAUAUACUGAUGUAGAUAGAAUAAUUAAUUUUACUGAUCCAAUAACUAUAAUGUUAAAAAAACAUUGAUUACUACACAUAUACACAGCUCCUUAGAGGACACAGAGCACACCUUGUCUUGUCAGAUGACGGUGUGAUAACUAAAAAUCUUAUGCAUGCACUACAGAUAACUGAUCAGCAAGCUGCACAAUGCACCAGAAAUGACUGCAGACAUUCAAGCCUCUAAGCCAGGUGGUUUCCGCCAAGAAGGUAGAUGACCCCCCCACAGCCCCUCAAACCCUUCGCCUCCCCGCUCCCACAACCCCUUUCCCCUUCUCCCCCUGCAAAGGAUCUGCUACUCAGCAAAGCACCUUAUAGUAGGAAGACUGCUCUUCUCUCUUGUUUUUGGAUGUAAACAGAUGGUGAACUGCUUGCUUCACGGACAUCUGCAAUGCUGCUGUUCACGCAGCAGCUGCCGUAAUUGUGUUAUCACCAAGUGAUCCGAUGCCAUGCCCUUUAGAUGCAUCACAGCACAACUUGUAAAAGUGAGCUUCAUGCGAGCAUGAUUUUAGAGACUUUCCAUUUGAUACCGGCAUGCAUGAGGCAUAAUGUCACAAAGUAGGGGAAAGGAUGUUCUUUUGGAUGUCUGCCUCCAUUUCCCACUUCUUCCCUAUGUUGCCAUAUAGAGUGCACUGGUUGAGUUCUUUUUUCUUUUUAACUGCUAAUCAUUUAGAAGCAUAGAAACUGAAUGUUAACUCUUAAGGGAACAGUACAUAAAUGAGAUCAUAGCAUGAAAAAAAAAGUAACUUGCAUUAUGGCCUAACCACUAAGGUACUUCUGUAUCCUGGUAUAUUUAAUGUACGAUGUAUACAGCAUGAUGUAUACGGCUUGUUGCGGUUCAUGCAUUUCGCGGUUCCCCUGUCGUCAGGGGAAACUGAAGGAAUCGAAAAAUCUGGGUCUUUCUGAAUUGUGAUCAGAUUUACAGAAAUCCAACUUUUAGGCUGCGGAGUUUCUCAUUUAAAAGUAGACGAAGAAAGUUACUAAGUAAUAUUGGAAAAUGCAUAUAAUCAUUAUAAGCACCAGUUACAGUAUUAGUCAAUAGAGGAGUGCAUGGACCUUCUUUGAGAACAAAAACAGUUUAUAUAUAUUUUCAGUCAUUUCUUUUUUUUUUCCUUUCUUCAACCAUAAAGUUUAGUAGAGAAAAAAACAACAAAAAAACAACAAAGCGAGUCCACAGAAAAGAAUCAUGUUUCAUAGACGUAUUCUGAGAUUAGUUUCCAGUGCCUUUUAUCCCUUCCACCAACAGGAUCAGUGAAAGUGCCUCAGUGUGCAAACGGUGUUUUUUUGGGUAGAUCCGGUGUAUAUCAGUGUCAAACACUGUCGUUGUGUGAUGUUAGCAAAUGCUGGAUGAAGUAAGGCUCACACAGCAAGGUGACUGUGGUACGUGCACAACCAAAUGUUCGUGCUGGCAUGCGUUUAAUGAUGCCAUUAAGCAGCAAUGGAUUGUUCUCUGCAUGUUUACCAUAUUCAUUCAAAAAAAAAAAAAAAAAAGAAAGAGUCUUCAUCCACUCCUGUUUUACUUCUUUGUGCACCGUGCAUCCUUUCAGGGUUUCUACCUCAGCGAGGUCAUUGCAAACUUGCGGAGCUGAAGGCUUCAAUGCAGGGCUUCCAAUACCUAUACCUACACAUGCACAUACACUUACAAAAUAUAUAUAUAUAUAUAUAUAUAUAGUUAGAUAACAGAAAAUAGAACCUUAAGUGUAAACUGCAGUCAUGCAAUACUGAAUGUGAGAGUCCCAAAGCAAAGCCUUUACACAAGCACUUACAUGUAUGGGAAAAGUAGGGUGUUGCAAUCCUGCUCCUUUUUUUUUUUUUUUUCACUUAAAGCUGCGCACAAUCAGCCCGUUCGUUUGUGUGGAGUUCGUUAAGAGACGGCGUGACUCUCUCUCCGCUGACUGUUGUAAGCGUAAGUUGUCUUUGAAACAGUGCCAUGUCAAAGUGAAGUGUCGUCACAGGAGGAAACAGCUGAGUGUGUUUUGUGUAAAAGAAAAGCUGAGAGCUGUCAUAUUGCAGCAGCGGUCGUGGGGCAUUGUAAUGCACAGCAAAAAAAAAAAAAGAAAAAAAGAAUGAGAUCCAUCUCUUUUGCACAACCGCUUCCUUCCAUUGCUGAAAAAGAGAGAAACUCCCCCACCCCCUAAAAAUAUCGGUUUUGAUUUGUUCUGUCACAGUGCUAGCUCACAGGAGAACAGCAAAGCAGAUUUGGUACAAAAUGUACUUGAAACUCUGUCCAGCUACUGUACACCAGUCUGCUCUCCAUACUGGGAGGAGUUCAUCCAUGUAGUAGUAAGACUCCAUGCUGUACUGUACUGUACUGUAACGCUCCUUCUUCUUAUUUAACACUUUCCCGACAAAGAUCCUUGGGAAAAAAAAAAA